UUCGUUCAGCAGUGCGUAGUGAUGCAGGCAUGGCCAAGGAGUUUCCUGUGUCUUCAGGAUCCCAACAUCGUAAGAAGGAGGGCGAGGCAUUGGGUGCCUAUGGAGAAUGGGUUCCCGUUGACAAAACAGCAGACAAAGCUGCAGCUGCCUCCACAAAGGCCCUGACGACUGUUCCCAUAGCGUCAGCUGCCACAUCAUCAGGUGAAACGGCGGCAGCACGGUCACCAGACGCUGCCGAACAGCCAGUGUUUGUGGCCGUUAAUGGCAGCGUUUUUCCUGACCCACUACUGCAGGACUAGUUGCUGAAGGAGAGAAGCCACAGAAGCAGACAGGAGGACUGGUGGUAACCAAGGAUCUGAUGGGUAACAGAUACACAGCAGACACGCUCACAGCAUGUAG